AUGGCGAUGAGGACGACGAUUUGGCGGCCGAACGUGAGAGUGACCCUCGACGAGUAUGGCGAAGUCGAGGACACGGAGAGUGGGGGUGAGGAGUUGACGAAGAAGGGCACGAAGCGGAAGGGAGCCCCUCCCACGAAGGGGCCGUGCGAGCACGGGGUGAAGUAUCGGUCGCAGUGCAAGGUGUGCGGUGCUUGUCCGCACGGGAAGCAGCGCAAUCGAUGCAAGGAUUGCGGUGGGUCUGGAAUCUGCGAGCACGGUCGUCUCCGCUUUAGCUGCAAGGAGUGCGGUGGUGCAUCAAUCUGCGAGCACGGUCGUCGGCGCUCUCGGUGCACGGAGUGCGCCGGGUCUGGAAUUUGCGAGCACGGUCGUCGGCGCUCUACGUGCAAGGAGUGCGGUGGUGCAUCAAUCUGCGAGCACGGUCGUCAGCGCUCUCAGUGCAAGGAGUGCGGUGGGUCUCAAAUCUGCGAGCACGGUCGUCGGCGCUCUGUAUGCAAGGAGUGCGACGGGUCUCAAAUCUGCGAGCACGGUCGUGAGCGCAAACGGUGCAAAGAGUGCGGUGGUGCAUCAAUCUGCGAGCACGGUCGUAUACGCUCUCAGUGCAAGGAGUGCGGUGGGGGCUCAAUCUGCGAGCACGGUCGUCACCGCUCUCAGUGCAAGGAGUGCGGUGGGUCUGGAAUCUGCGAGCACGGUCGUCAGCGCUCUCGGUGCAAGGAGUGCGGUGGGUCGAGAAAAUAG